GGCCUCAAUUGAGCUCAUUGUAUAAAAUAUAAACCCUAAUUCAAAGAAAAGGCUUUUUCUUCCUCUCUCUCUCUCUCGCUCUUCUUCACUCGUUCGAGCUUGGAGUACGCUCGUUGAAGUCUUUCCUCUUUCUUCUUUUGGGCUCUACCUAAGGAACAAUUUCUACGGGGAACUCCUUGUGCUCUGUAUCUCUAUUUGGGGCAUUGGAGAUUUUUUUUUUCUCCUGAUUUAUGAAUUUGAGACUUGAGUAAUUGAUAAUCUUUGGGAGCUCUUAUGCAACAUGGUGAUUUAGUCAGUAGAGUUGUCACAUAGACAGAUUCUUAAUGAACAUUUUGAUUCCACAGUGGCAAGGACACGUAUGGCUAAUUCACUGCCUGGUGAUUCCUCUCAUAAUGGAACAAACCUAGAGAAAUGUUCUCCUGAAAAACCAGAGGAUGGCGGUCGUUGGUACUUUUCUAGAAAGGAAAUUGAAGAAAACUCUCCAUCCAGACGUGAUGGCAUUGACUUGAAGAAGGAGACUUAUCUACGGAAAUCCUACUGUACAUUUCUACAGGAUUUGGGCAUGAGACUGAAAGUGCCCCAGCUAACAAUUGCUACAGCAAUAAUUUUCUGUCACCGUUUCUUUCUUCGUCAAUCGCAUGCAAAGAAUGAUAGGAGGACUAUUGCCACAGUGUGUAUGUUUCUUGCGGGGAAGGUGGAGGAGACUCCCCGUCCACUGAAAGAUGUUAUACUUGUUUCUUAUGAAAUCAUUCAUAAAAAGGAUCCUGAAGCUGUUCAGAGGAUCAAACAAAAGGAGGUAUAUGAGCAGCAGAAAGAAUUGAUUUUACUUGGAGAGAGAGUUGUACUUGCAACUCUUGGUUUUGAUCUAAAUGUGCAGCACCCAUAUAAACCUCUUGUUGAUGCAAUAAAGAAAUUUAAGGUUGCUCAAAAUGCCCUUGCACAGGUGGCAUGGAAUUUUGUGAAUGAUGGACUGCGCACAUCUCUUUGCUUGCAAUUUAAGCCCCACCACAUUGCGGCAGGUGCCAUUUUUCUUGCUGCAAAGUUCCUCAAAGUAAAGCUUCCAUCGGAUGGUGAAAAGGUUUGGUGGCAAGAGUUUGAUGUCACCCCACGCCAGUUAGAAGAGGUGAGCAAUCAGAUGCUUGAACUCUAUGAACAGAAUCGACCUUCAACUAACAAUGAAGCUGAAGGAAGUACUGUAGGUGCAGUUACACAUCAGGCCACAUCAAAAGCUUCAUCUGGCAAGGAAGAACAUGCAACAAUUAAUAGUCAUUCUCAGGCUGGAGGUACAACUUCAAGACCUGGAACCUCCAAGUCAACGUCCCUGGCGGAUAAUCGUGGUGGGGCUCUGAGAACCAUCCAUAAUCAAGGUAAUGACCAUUUAAGUGGAGAGAUGAAGAGUGCCUCUGAUCGUCAUGUUGAUGGUGAAUCUUCAGACUUUUUAGACCAAGGAAUAGAUACAUUGCCUCCCCAUGAGAAUGUAGAGGAAGCUCAGAACACCUUGAGACAUGCACCACAUGGAAAAGAAGACCAGGAAAGGAAUGUCGCGAGAAGCGAAAUAAGUGAAGCAGGGGAAUUAAAAGACAAACACAUAGUUCGAAAUCUGGAACAUAGAGAAGGUACUGUGGGCCAGUCUCCCCAAGAUGCUAUUAAAAAGAUAGACAGAGACAAAGUAAAGGCAGCACUGGAGAAACGAAAGAAGUCCAGGGGGGAUGUCACUAGGAAAACUGACUUCUUGGAUGAGGAUGAUCUCAUUGAGAGGGAACUGGAAGCUGGUAUUGAACUAGCUGCUGAGAGUGAGAAGAGUAAGCGGGACAAGAAGCAGAGCUAUUCUAAGCCCUUGGACAGGCAAGAGCGUGAAAACCCACAUCACGAAAAACAUCAAGAGGAUGCAGGUGAUGGAGAACGUCAAGGAAAGAAGGGGCAUCUAUCACAUAAAUCGGAUUUGAACAAUAUGGAAGAAGGGGAAGUUCCUGAUGAUAUGGACCAGGGAUUUCACUCGCCCAAGUCAAGCAACCGCAAGCGGAAGUCAUGGAGCCCACCAGACAAAGUGCCGGAGGGCAAGCAUCGGAAUGAUUAUGUGCCUGGAUCGCUUCAUUAUAAUAAUCAUGACUACUUAGAUGAACGGAACAGGAUGAGCAGGCUUGGUUAUGUGGAGAGGGAGCACUAAAGGCACAGUACCAGAAGAUCACCUCUGAGGAGUGAGACUAUUCCCUGAAGCACAUAUUUAGAAGAGUUCCUCUUUGAAUGGUUGUAAUAGUUUUGAAGAUUAAAAAAAAAAAAAAAAAAAAAAAAAUCCUGUAGUGAGAGUAUAUCAUUAUUGGGGAUAAACAAUGGAGGAACUUUCUUUUUCCAGUUGAUUAUUUGGACCGAACUUCCAUAUAAUUUGUAAGAAAUGAGCUUAUCGAAAUUCUGAUAAUAUUGCCGUGCCUUUGCUCGCCA